CAUUCAUUCAAUCACUAAAAACUAGGGUUGGGUGUGUGGGUGAUUAAUCCGCGGUUUAAUAUCAAUCCACCCUUAAAUAAUUUUAGCCGCAGUGGAUGGGUGAUUGGUGUGGGUGAUUAAUGUUGGUGUUUGCCUUAAAACAUGCAUUCCUACAUGCAUGAAUAAAUUUGACACCCUAAAUCUUAGUAAAUACAAAAACAGAAAUUCAAAACAUCCUAACUUGCACCAUAGCAUCAUAAACAUUAACAUAAUGUCAUAUAGAGACACGAUAGUCUCUACUCUCUAGUAAAAUGUGAUUGUGAAUGAAGGAGGGAAAGAGAUUCUUGAAAAGGGGCGAGACUUGGGUCUCGUUGGGGAGGUUGAGAGAGUGGUUGAGUGGAUUGCUUACGCGUAUUGGGAAGUCGACUGGGUCUACGGUUUGGUUCGAUAAACCUUGUUCUGGACCAGACUAGACCAAAAGAUCAAAACAUCAUAUAAUACAGGCCAUGGACCAAACCAGACCAUUCUUAACAGUCUACGAUCUGGAACUGUGCGGUCCAGUUUGGUCCAUGAUUUUUCAGACGGUUUGGUCUAUUUUCCUAGCCCUACUAGUAAAUUAGCCACACAUUCAAUUACCCAAUAUGCUUCAUGUUAAUAAAAUAUGUCAUAAUAUUGUUUCGAUUGGCCAACUCAUUGACCAGAAUUACCCAAUAUGCUUCAUGUUAAUAAAAUAUGUCAUAAUAUUGUUUCGAUUGGCCAACUCAUUGACGAGAAUUGCUCUAUUUUAUUCGCACCAUCGGAAAGUUUUGUGCAAGAUCUGACAAUGGGAAGGCCGAUCGUUAGAGGGUGUAAGCCUGGUCAUACUUUUACAUUGGAGGAGCCCUCGUGUCAAUCGGGAUCGUUAACUAUCAAGUCAUCGUCCAGCUAUCAUGUGUCUAAUGUGUUUUGUUCUCAAAGCGUCUCUCCUCUUGUGGUUUUUUUAGCAAGUCUGAUAGUCAUUGACAUCUUUGACAUUGUCACUUAGUUCAUACAAAUUACAGUCACUUACGCUCUAUGUUCAAACAACAAUUACUUUGUACACACUCAUAUAUAUUAUCGUGUCGUUACAAAUUAAAAAAAUAUUGUAUACCAUUUUGUACCAAGUAUAAAAAAGUUCAAAAUUUGUGACUUUCACAUGUUUUUUCAUCGUUUCCCAUAUUUUCCAACAUAACAAUACUAAAGUACCAAACCGGGUGUAAGUUAUGGGCUCAACUCGCGUUUCGUUUCAGUGGCUGCAGGAUCCCUAGCCGCCAAGAGCCCAAGACCCUAUUAGGGACUCCGGCGACGAAUUCCGGCCGACAACCACCCGCCACCCUCCUCCGAAAAUCCUCUCACCGCCGCGGACUUUUCUCGGGCCAGCUGUUUAGUUCGGACUUCAGCAAGUUCUGUUCUGAGCUCCCCAGUGUUUCUUUUUUCUUCUUUUCCCAUCAAUUUCUGUGGUUUAAGGUAAGAGCUCUAGUUCGGUUUUGUCGAUUGGAAAUAAAUUUCAGGUCAAGGUUCGAACUUUUGAGUUUUCUGAAGAUUAGGGUUUGAAUUGCUUCAUUAGACUUGCAUCCCCAAUGGACGGUGAGGAGGUGCCGGCUUACCAGCCUGACGUCGGAUUCGAACAGGAUACAAGAGAGCCACUUUUUGAUCUUACCAGUGCUGGCUCUAGUUCAACAGAGCUUUGGCUUAUCCAAUGGCCGCCCCACGACCUUCCUGAUAUCCACGGGAAGGAAGUAUGCAUUAAUUUUGAUCACAAUGGUAGCUCGGGAAGCUUUGAGGAUCUUUCAGGGAAAAUGUAUGAUAUAGUCGGCACUGAUGUAGAGCGAGAUGCAGCAGUCUUCAUGUCCUCUGGUUCAGAGACCGAGAUCGUUGGGAAUAUUUCUCACCGAGUAUCCCUGGUGCACUUUCCCGACCCAAAGGAAAUCGAGCAGAGAGUUGCCGAGAAGAAGUCAAAAAGGCUGUAUCAGAUGACGUCAUCGAAGAUAAAUUCUUCACACCAUUCCUCAGAUGUUACAGAAAGUAGUAGGCUGAAGCACUCAACUUCAUCAAGGGGACCUGCAGCCUCAACUCAUACUGGCAGGGAUGGUCCGAGCGCUAGUAAGAGAAGGCACGUUCAGAAGAGCCCUGGAACAAAAGGUGGAUCUUCUCUGGACUCCAAACGACGCCAGAGUUCUUCCAACUACAUUUCCGGGACUUCAGAACACUGAAGCUAAAUUUUUGGAGGUAAGAAAACGGAGUUUAGGUUUUUGAGCUACUAUUUGCUUUAUGCACUGCUCUUGUUCAUUUCCGAAGCAUGAGGAGAAGUGAUGAGCAUUUUGUUUGUUAUCGGUGAUGUACGUUAGUCGAGUGAUUUAGGAAGCAAGAUCUAUAUGGAUGAUGAUUCUUCUUUUGGUAGUGAUGAAUGCAUUGUACUUACUGCACUUGGAUAAUUUCUUAUCUUAAGCUACUCAAACAAACUCAUGCACGAAAUGACAUCAGGAUUCAAAUGCAGAAUAUGCUACCUGCAAUCCAAACAUUAUCACUUCAAUUGUUAGAUCAGCCUCUACGAUGGACAUUUGUAUAUAUGCGAGUGCUCAAGAGUGGAUGACACAUUGCUGAUUUGCGCAUGCAGUUUACCGUCAUCGAGAAAGGCUAACUGGUAGUAGGCUAGUAGCAGCAUUUUGGAUGUGCGGUUUUCAAGCUCCGACAAACGACGUACAAGAUCUUGCGUUUGAUGCAUCCUCGUGGAGGUGGAAUGAUUACCACACUAGUCUUCCUCCGGUCGCUGUUGAUAUUGCUUGCAAACACUGUGGUUGCCAGCAGAUUAGGAUGUUUAACAACUGUCGUCUGCUGCCGAUCCAUGAUUUCUGCACUAAUCUAUGCUCCCUCACUGAUUGUUAAAUGAUCGAACGAGGAAGCAUUCAAUAGUAUAUACAGAUUGUAGACUGUAUCUCAGAUGCUUGGUUAUAUAGUUAUUUCAGUUGGUAAAGGAGAAAUCUUCUAGAGAACGAAAUUGAAAUGGUUUGUACGUGGCGCCAUGGAAGGAACCUUCCUGUUGUGCCCUUUGUAUAGCAAGUUUUCUUGCUACAGUUGGGCCAUGAGCAGCGGCUGCGUGCAUGCUGAAGGCAUUUGUAAUUGGACAAAGGAAGCUUCUCCCAGCAUUUGAUCCCACUCAUUGAUGAGUGAAAUAAAAGCAAAGAACCCAACCACCUAUGUAGACGACGAAGUCGCACUAAGCUCUUCUCAAACUGCUGAGUAAUUCGAUCAUUGAGUGAAACUGAAACCACCUCAUUCCUAGUUUGUUGAAUGAGUGGAAAGAAAACAUCAUUCAGCCUAGACUACAUCAAAAGCAUAUGCCAGGAGCAGCUGAUUAUCGUCGGUUGUUCACCGAACAUACACAUGCAUGUACAAGAAAAGACUAUCAGAGUUCGGUCUGGGUUUAUAUCUUGUAAUCACCAGAAAGCAACAGCGAGACGUUAUCGAUUUGUUAACAAAAUGAACAAGUUUAC